GUGGCCGUGUUCUUCGGCGGCCUGUCCAUCAAGAAGGACGAGGAGGUCCUCAAGAAGAGCUGUCCCCACGUGGUGGUGGGGACACCCGGGCGCAUCCUGGCGCUGGCCCGGAACAAGAGCCUCAACCUGAAGCACAUCAAGCACUUCAUCCUGGACGAGUGUGACAAGAUGUUGGAGCAGCUGGACAUGCGCCGCGACGUCCAGGAGAUCUUCCGCAUGACCCCGCACGAGAAGCAGGUCAUGAUGUUCAGCGCCACCCUGAGCCGGGACAUCCGCCCCGUGUGCCGCAAGUUCAUGCAAGACGUAAUGUCCCCCGGCGUCACCCGGC